AAAGGCAUAAUUGUUCCAUGUCCAAACAGCCCCUGCCGCACUCCUAUUUUCCCAGUAAAGAAAGCCAAAGUGGUUGGACAACCUGUGGCUUGGCGAUUUCUACAAGAUCUUAAAAAAGUUAAUGAGGCUGUAUAUGCGCGCGCACCGAUUGUACCUGAUCCAUAUACAAUCAUGACUCAAGUUCCAAGCAAUAGUCAAUUUUUCUCAGUGAUCGACUUAGCCAACGCGUUUUUUAGCAUUCCUGAGCACAAGGAUUCGCAAUUUUGGUUUGCAUUUGAAUUUUUCGGCCAAUUGUACACAUGGACAAGAUUGCCUCAAGGUUAUUGUGAAUCUCCUGCCGUGUUUACGUCGGCGCUAAAAGAUAACAUGGAAGGGUUCCAAUUUAAACAUGGCAGUACCCUUAUCCAAUACGUUGUUGAUCUUCUUGUCUGUUCCCCAGAUAAAGAUAUAUGUGAAAAGGACACUGUGCUGUUGUUACAGUACUUGACCUCGCAAGGUCAUAAAGCCAGUUUACAUAAGCUACAGCUAGUCCGGAAGGACGUUAUUUUUCUGGACCUGAUGGAGGAGGCCUAUGAGAGGAAGAGGGCCAAGUACGAGGACCUGGUUGACAAGUGCCGGAAGCAACUAAGUUGA